UAUGCGUCAGUCCAAAAAAAUCAAAUAUCGUAAAGGAGUGAAAUUCUACUGUGUGAUUUUACUACGAAAUUAUUUUAGAAUAAAAAUUGCAUUAAGUGCAAUUUGAAUGUGAAUUUUGUGUUCAGUGUAACUGCUUAGUGUGAAUAAGUGUUUUUAUAUAGUUAAGUGAACACAAAUGAACAACUUUCAAGUCCCGCAACUUCCAAUCAGCGAAGAGGACCUCCUCAGCUCUCCGUCCUCAGAUGAGAAGAUGGACACAGGCUCUGAUUCCUUCCGUUCAAACCAAGAUACCCCCAGCUCCAUUCUCUCAGACUCCGACGAUCAUGAAACUGACGUCCUAAGACUCCAAAACCCAAAUGUCUUAAGACUAUCUGAACCAGAAAGUAACACUUUCAACAGAACAGACUUAAACGAUAGUCUAAUAUCACAAAUGUCAAAACUAGCCCUAAAUUCACCAGAUAACAGGCCGAAAAAUCUUGGCAUAGGUAUCUCUCCACCUAGAUUAAGUUCUACAUUAACAUUGACAACUGACCAUCCGUUAAAAGGCUUAGCAAGUCCAGAUGAUAAUUUUCCUGAUGUUGUACCCAAAAAGACCCCAAAAAUUGAAGAUGAAAAGGAUUUAAGCUUAUCGAGUAUAGAAGAUGAGAGGGUGACGAAUGGGUAUGAGUUUUAUUCACCUCAACGGAAUACAUCGAAGAAUAAUCUAUACUUCACGGAGAACUUCACGACGGCUGACAGUCAAAUUUUAAGCGACUCGUUAAAUGUACCACCGGAUGUUGCUAGAGUGAGAAGGAAGAUAGUCGCAAAGCUGACUUUACUAGAGACAGCUCCUAUAGCGUCGUCGCCUAUAGAGAAUUUGAACCUUAAUGCUGAUAUGAAUAGAGGUGCAAGUGCCAUAAAAGAAGAUAGGAAUAAGAGAGAGUCUAGUCAAACUUUAUAUUUUGAUGUGUCAGAACAGGAGGAGUUUCAUUCUGCAAUAGAGUGGCGUGAGUCUCCUGCCCACGUGCGCACGGUGCCUAACUUCGAGCUGCCUAUAGAAAUGUCCAGCAAUAUCGGAAUGAAUAAUGACCUGGGUUCCCCGGAUGUGAUUUCCACUUCGACUCAAGAAGACAAGUCGUUAUACCAGGCGUUGCUCGACCCAUACACGGGUUCCGUAGCGUUACGACACACCCCGCACAGAAACAGCACACAAAGACGGAAAGUACAACCCCCUCCGGAAGACGAUGAUGACUGCUGCAGCUUGGAGAGCUUGAGCGGCUGUUCCAUGGAGUCUGAAGAUGAACCGCCCCCACCACUUUCCAUGCCCGAACCCGUCAGCGAAGAUGAUAACACUAAACGAUCGAAAUCAACGAACACAGUUAGCGAAUGCAGCGACCCCAUUCCGGAAUAUUCCGCCGCGGACGAGUUUAGGGACGAGCGCUCGUGGCUCUCGGUUACCGUUCAGCAUAGUGGAGGACGAGUUACUUGUGAUAUGAAGGUAAUCGAGCCGUUCAAGCGGGUGGUGUCCCAUGGGGGGUAUUCCGGGGAGGGCGCGGCUCUGAUAGUGUUCAGCGCGUGCCACCUGCCGGACAACGCGCGUCCGGACUAUAGAUACGUGAUGGACAAUUUGUUCCUAUACGUGAUGUGGAGUCUGGAACGCCUAGUCACUGAUGAAUACAUCCUAAUAUACCUCCACGGAAGCGCAGGGAGACGUCGCCUGCCCACCAUUCCGUGGCUCCACGAAUGUUAUAAACUAGUCGAUAGGAGGUUAAGAAAAAGUCUGAAACACUUGUACCUGGUGCACCCCACCUUUUGGCUGAAGUCAUUCGUUCUCAUUACCAAGCCAUUUGUUAGUUCAAAAUUUUUCCGAAAACUAUCCUACGUGAAUAGUCUGAGCGAGCUACUUGAAAGAGUGCCCGUCGAGCCAAAUGCUAUACCGGAUACCGUGAAACAAUUCGACGCUGAUAGACGACACAAAUGAUAAGUAUAACCUCGCUCGUGUUGAAGAAGCAGGUAACUGACAUGAUUUCCUAAUUAGUUUUUCAAAAAAAAAAAAAAGUUGUACUGGUUAUUUUUAGAGUUACUCAUACAGAUUGCAUUUCCAUUCGUUUUUUUAUAAAAGUGUGGUUUGUUGUUAAACUUUAUAUUAUGGUUUGGUGUCAAUUUAUAAUUAUUUUUUUAAGUUACAUACUAGUAUUUUUUUACUGUAAGUUCA